AUGUCUCGCCAGUCCACCGUGCGGAUCCAGCGGGGCCGGAGCGGCUUCAGCGCGGCCUCGGCCGCGGUGCCCGGCACGUGCCGGACCAGCUUCAGCUCCUGCUCCGUCACCCGCCUGGGGGGCUGCGGCGCCGGCAGCGGCUUCGCCAGGGUCGGGGGGGGCUUUGGCAGCAAGAGCCUCUACAAUGUCGGCGGCUGCAAGAAGAUCUCCGUGGCUGGAAGGGGCGGGAGCUUCUACGGAGCCGGGAGCGUCUACGGGGGCGGCUUUGGCGUCCCCGCCAACCUCGGCUACGGGUACCCCGGCUUCCCGGCGGGGGGGAUCCACGAAGUCUCCGUCAACCAGAGCCUCCUGAAGCCCCUCAACCUGGAGAUCGACCCCAACAUCCAAAGGAUCCGCAAGGAGGAGAAGGAGCAGAUCAAAACCCUCAACAACAAAUUCGCCUCCUUCAUCGACAAGGUGCGGUUCCUGGAGCAGCAGAACAAGGUGCUGGAGACCAAGUGGAGCCUCCUGCAGGAGCAGGGCAUGAAGACGGUGAGGAACAACCUGGAGCCGCUUUUCGAGACCUACAUCAACAACCUGAGGGUGCAGCUCAACAGCCUCCUGAGCGACAAGGGGCGGCUGGAGGGGGAGCUCAUCAACACCCAGUACCUGGUGGAGGACUUCAAGAAGAAGUACGAGGAUGAGAUCAACAGGAGGACCAUCGCCGAGAACGAGUUUGUGACGCUCAAGAAGGAUGUGGAUGGUUCCUACAUGAACAAGGUGGAACUACAAGCCAAGGCAGAUGCUCUGACUGAAGAGAUUAAUUUCCUGAGAACCCUCUAUGAGGCCGAGCUGUCCCAGAUGCAGACCCAGAUCUCCGACACCUCGGUGGUGCUGACCAUGGACAACAACCGGAACCUGGACCUGGACAGCAUCAUCUCCGAGGUGAAGGCGCAGUACGAGGACAUCGCCAACCGCAGCCGCGCCGAGGCCGAGUCCUGGUACCAGACCAAGUACGAGGAGCUGCAGGCCACGGCCGGCAGGCACGGGGACGACCUCAGGAACACCAAGCAGGAGAUCUCCGAGCUCAACCGGCACGUGCAGCGGCUGCGCUCCGAGAUCGACAGCGUCAAGAAGCAGUGUGCCAACCUGAAAGCCGCCAUCGCCGACGCCGAGGAGCGCGGGGAGCUCACCCUCAAGGACGCCAAGGCCAAGCUGGCCGAGCUGGAGGACGCCCUGCAACAGGCCAAGGCUGACCUGGCCCGGCAGCUCCGAGAGUACCAGGAGCUCAUGAACGUCAAGCUGGCCCUGGACAUCGAGAUCGCGACCUACAGGAAGCUGCUGGAAGGGGAGGAGUGCAGGCUGGCUGGAGACGGCGUCCCGGUGAAUAUCUCCGUCACCAGGACCACCGUGGGCUCGGGCUACGGGGCCGGGAGCAACCUGAGCGUGGCAGGGGGGAUGUGCGGCAUGGGCAGCGGCUUCGGCUGCGCCCCCGGCCCCGGGGGGAGCAGCGCCCUCGGCGCCGGCAGCAGCUCCAGCGUCAAGUUCGUGUCCACCUCCUCCACCCGGAGAAGCUACAGGAGCUAA